CUCCUGGCCAGGCCAUGCGGUGGCAGAAUCCCCUGAGAUGCAGGGUGUGGCACGUCAAUGCAUGGCCAUGGAGCUCUCACCGCUUCUUGGCGAUGCAGCUCACCUCCGUCACCUUGAAUUUCCAGAAACUGCCCCACCAAAACUUUUGCGCAGUGGCGGGGCAUCUGAUGACAGUCCCGGCCGCUUGCACCACCGAGAGAUAUUUGCUAUUUCAGGCUCAAGAGCAGGCAGAUUCCCUGUGUAAAAAUCCAGGGGAACUUUUGACAAUCUUCAAAAACGGCUGGUCACGUUUGACAACAAAUUUUGUGUCUUCAAAGACCUCGAAACACAUCUACAAAAUGGCCACCCUUCAAGCUAUCAAGUAUUCGCGGGGCAAGCUGUUAGUCCUUGACCAGCUCAGACUGCCCCAUGAGAACCACUACGAUGAGGUGUCAACUGCCGAAGAGGCUUUUGACUGCAUCCGCUCCAUGAGAGUUAGAGGCGCCCCCGCUAUUGCCAUCGUCGCUGCUUUGGCCCAUGCGGUUGAAUUGCACAAUGGCGACUGCACUGCCACUGAGCCCGAAGAGGUCAUUGCGCAUAUUGAAAAGAGACUUGACUACCUCAAGGAGAGCAGGCCAACGGCUGUUGAUCUCUCCAACGCCAUCACACUUCUCAAGCUGGCCACUAGAGCCGCCAACCUCGAGGGUUUGGCGCACCCUGAGGCUAAGGAGGCCAUCUUGAACACCUACAUCCAGACGGCCGAGGAGAUUCUCGCCAAGGACCUCCACAACAACACCUCUAUAGGCUCUCAUGGUGCCGCCUGGUUGCAACAGCAGUACAAUGCCUCUUCUGAAAAGCCCAUCUCCGUCCUCACGCACUGCAACACCGGUUCCCUCGCAACCUCGGGCCACGGCACUGCCCUUGGCAUCAUCCGCACUCUUCACUCCGAGGGUCUCCUCAAGCACGCCUACUGCACCGAGACUCGUCCUUACAACCAAGGCAGUCGUCUUACUUCCUUCGAGCUCGUCUUCGAGGGCAUCCCCUCCACCCUGAUCACCGACAGCAUGGCUGGUGCUCUCUUCAACCUCCACCGUGAGCGCAUGAACAUUGGCGCCGUCAUUGUCGGCGCUGACCGCGUUGUCCGCAACGGAGAUACUGCCAACAAGAUUGGUACCUAUCAGCUGGCUGUGCUGGCUCGUCACCACGGUGUCAAGUUUGUUGUCGCUGCGCCAACAACCAGCAUCGACCUCGAGACUGAGAACGGAAGCGCUAUCGAGAUCGAGGAGCGCAAGCGUGAAGAGCUGACACAAAUCAGUGGUGCCAUUGUCAACGAGGACGGAACUGUCGAUACCAGCAAGACUGCUAGAGUUGCGAUUGCCGAUCAGAGAAUUGGGGUCUGGAACCCAGCUUUCGAUGUGACUCCCCAUGAGCUGAUCGAUGCCAUUGUCACUGAGCGGGGAACCGUGGUGAAGGGUGCGGACGGCAAGUUUGACUUUAGCCAAGUGUUGCCCGAGCGGUUGGCCUCUGUUGCUGCUCGUCAGCUAUGA